AGAAUGCUUUUGUGGUUUUAUAAAAUAUAUAUUUGUACUUACUUAUAACAAUUAAAUAAUAAUUAAUUAUUAUAAUACUUUAUAUUUUUAGUAUUUUUUUUAUCUUUUAUUUCUUUUUUAUUUUUUUAGAAAAAAAAAAUAAUUAAAAAAAAAUGUUAAAAAUUAUAUUAAACAAUAACAAAAAAGGAAAUGCCAAUAAUAUCACCAGUGGCAUCAAAAAUUUAAUAGUUAAUAAUAGUUACAGUUAUAAUAAAAACUAUUUAUUUUUGAAAUCAUAUGGAAAUGAUUUAACCCAGAAUAACUAUUCAACAGCAUCGAUUUUAAAAAAUACGAAAAGAAAAAGCAGCAUGAAUAGAAAGAUUAAGGUAAACCACAUUUCAAAGAGCGAUAUGCAAGAGGCAAUGGAGUUUCAAUAUAAAUACAGUGGUUUAAUUAAAAGAAGGAAUGUUGGUAGAUCCGAUCAGGCAGCAGUACUAAAAGAAGAGUUUAAAAUGGAUGAUGAAGAAAUUGACGAUAUUUUAGAUGAUACACCCGCAAAAAAAGGUGAUAGGUUCGACGAUGACGACGAUGACUAUGCUCAAACCCCAAACAACCGAAAGGUUUAUUAUAGUGAAAAAAUUACAUAUUCUACUGAUACUUCAAAAGAUAGCGAGUUUAUUAAAAGAUCAUUGGGUAAUUCAUCAUUCAGCGAUAAAUUAGAUGGUAACGAAGAAUGGGUAGAGCUAGAUAUGAAAAAGGAUUUUAAUGACGAUGAUGGACCAAAGAUUCAGGAUUUAAAGAAAAAGGAAUUAAGCAAAAAAGGUUUAGAAGAACGUAAUGGUAAUUAUUUUUCUGAUGAUUAUUUAAUCACUAGUGAUUACGAAAGUUAUUUCUUAACACCAGACGCACCAAAUAAUCGUAAGGAAAAGAAUUUAUUUAGAAAACUCGACGAACUUAAAGAAGCAAAGAAUCAAACUAAAACUAAACGUGGUUUCAAGGUUAAUCAUAACCCAAAUGAUCAAUUCGUGGGUCAAACUAUUGUGCAAAGUAGAAUGGCUAGUAGAAUUUUAGAGGUAUUAAACGAGUCGCCAUUAUUCAGUCCAGUAAGUUUUUUAAAUUCAAACAUUGCCGAAUCAGAGUUCAAUUUUGAGAGUGAUACAGAUUUCGAUAACAAUUUACAAAUGUUAGCAGCUCAACAAUCAAUCGGUUCCCAAGUUGGUAAUAGUGGAAAUUUCAAUAUAAAUUCUGACGAUCUUCAAGUAGAUAAAGAGGACCCAAUUCUAUCAAAAGCAGAUAUCGUUUUAACUCAUGCCGAAAUGAGCAGUGAUUUACGUUGGGUAAAGUUAUAUUGGAAGCGUAGAGAACAUUCAAAUAUAAAUGGUAAUGAAAACAAACAUAAAUCAAUUGAUGACUUUGCUAAACAAGAUGCUUUAUAUAAUAUUAAAAAAGUAAAGAACGAAAAUAUAAAGAGUAUUUUAGAUUCAUUGGGCACCAAUUCAGCAAAGCAAUUGGUAUAUGAUUCAUUCAAACCAAUUAUGAAGGAGGAAGAAAAUGAAAUUAUAUCAAGUAGUAAAUUUGGUUCAAAAGUUUCAACAAAUUUAAAAUAUCAAGAAGAUGAACAACAACCAAAACAAAAUAAUACAUUUGGUUUUAAAAACAGUUUUUCCAUUCCAAAUAAAAAAUUAGAAUUAAAAAUUUCAAUUAAAGAAUCAAAUAUGAAAUUACUCGAACAAGAGGAACAAGAGAAAAAGGAAAAAUUAGAAAAAAGAGAAAAAUUAAUUUUAAGUUUAUUAUCAAAUAACCAAGUCGGUGGUGAAAAUAAUAGUUCAUUUAAUUUAGAUAGUUAUAAUAGUGGUGAUAAUAGUGGUGAUAAUAGUAUAGAAUAUAACAAUGGUAUAGAAAAUGAUCCUUUAUUACUUCAAUUAAAAGGUAAUAAAAAUGAAAUAAAUGAUAUAAUCAAUGAUAAUAAUAGUAAAAAUAGUAAUAAUAUUGAUGAAAAAGAAGAAGAAAAAGAUGAUAAGAAAAAGACAAAAAAGAGUAAAGAAGAUAUCGAAAUUAGAAGAAAUAAGAAAAUUAGAACUUUAUUCUAUGAAAUUACAGAUAAAGAUAUAUCUCAUCGUUUAUUAAAAUUAAAAAGUCGUAUUCGUUGGAUUAUAGGUAAAAGAGUUCAAGCUAAAUUUGUACCAGAUAUUUUGUUUAUCAAGGAUGAAGACGAAAUCAAAGAUGAAACAACAAUAGAUAUUUUAGAUAAUUUGGUUCCAAUUGAAUUUACACAAUUAUUUGUUGACAGGGUUAAAUCAAUUGAAAAAACUAGAAAUAAAUUAAAAAACAAAUACUCCAGUUUAUUCUAUGACAAUAAUUCAAUUGAAACUAACGAAGACGAUUUAUUAGACGAUAUGGAAGAAGAUUAUAAUAAAGACGAAGAAGUAGAUUUAUAUCAAGUUUUAGCAACUUUCCCAUCUUUAAGACAUGAAAAGAUUGUUCAAAAGUUCCUCAAAUAUGAAAGAGAAAAUAUACAAAAAGAAAAAUCAACCACUCAAGAAGAGGAUCUUAAUUUACAAAUUCAAACACCACCACAAGAGCAACAAAAAGUCGAGGAAAAUGAUAAAACUAAUGUUCAAGAAAUAUUUAAACAAUUUAAUAAAGAUUUAUAA